AUGGCACCGCCUAGGAAUGAACGCGUCUUCGAACCCAAUGCUUCCAUCGUGCUCGUCGGCUGCCGGGGGGCCGGCAAGCGCACCUUGGGCUUCAUGGGCGCCCUCCAUCUCCGGCGGCGCUUGGUGACUGAGGACCACUAUUUCGAAAAGGUUACAGGGCUAUCCCGGGGACAGUAUCUGGCUAAGCACGGAAGAGACCACUUCGCCCGCCAGAACAUCGAGGUGUUCAAGCGCAUGCUGGACACGAACCGGUCCGGGUGCAUCAUCGAGUGCGGCAUGAGCAGUUUUAGUGAAGAGGCCCAGGAUGCCUUGCGGCUGUACUCGAGGACAAACCCCGUGGUGUACGUACACCGCGAGAAGGAACAGAUCGCCCGUCUGAUGGAUGCGGGGGACGCUCAGCAGCUGCUAGAAGCCGACGGGAAGCAUAGGAACUGCUCCAAUUUCGAAUACUACAACCUCUACGACCCUUCCACCCCCCCUUCCUCCUCAGGGGCUACUUCCGGGGCGAGUACACCUAUGAGCGGCCGCCACCCUGGACCCUCAAAACUCCUAUCCGUCCAAGAAAGCUUUGCAAGAUUCCUCGACAUUAUCACAGGCCGCGGUGCCGCCAAAGCAUGGCUGGAAAGCCCCUUCUCCGUCGCCGCUGUUCCACCAGAGUUUCGCUCCUACUCAUAUUCUCUGCGGCUCCGAUUAUCCUAUCUCAUGGACAUGGACUUAGAAUGGGAAGAUUUCGAGGCAAGGGGCGACUGCGUCGAGCUUAUCAUUGACCACUGGCCUGACGACCUCCUGAAUAUCAUCGCACGGCAAGUCGCUUUGAUAAGGAGGAAAUUGGGCGUCCCGAUUAUCUACCACGUCGAGGAAAACCCCCGCGGAGAGCGCCGAAGGCCGCCAGACGAGAAAAACACGAUGGAUGCUGAGCUAUUAGAGCUAGGUGUCCGCCUCGGUGUCGACUACGUCAGCGUUGACCUACAACGCGACGAGGCCUUGGUGAACGGCGUCAUGCGGCGCCGGGGCAGAUCCAAGAUCAUCGGCAACUACUGGUACAUGGGGUUCGGGGCCCUUCCCUGGCAGGACGAGCAGCAGCUGGACAACUACCGGCGCGCCCAAGCCCUCGGAUGCGACGUUGUCCGGAUGGUGCGCUUUUGCUCCAACGACAGCCCGGUCGAGUAUCUCGACGACUUCAGGAAGCGCCUCCGCGACGCCAUACCCGACCCCAAGCCCCCUCUCGUCGCCUACGACUUCUCCGUACUGGGCGUGCGCACCCCGCUGCAAACCCGUAUCCUUGGCCCCGUAAAGCACCCAGACAUGGAAAACGAGCGUGACCACCUCGCAACCGUUUCCAACUCAUCCCACUCCUUCGAGCUCCUCUUCCGCCAGUUCCUGCUAGACCCCCUACAAUACUACGUCCUCGGCUCGCACGUCUCCUACUCCCUAUCACCAGCCAUGCACGCGGCCGCCUACGACUUCGCCUACAUGCCGCACUCCUUCCAGGCGGUACCCUGCUCGACGCUCGACUCGCUCAACGAGAUCUGCUCCGCCGACGCCUUCGGCGGCGCCUGCCUGACGGCACCCUUCAAAGUCGCCAUCAUGCCCCACCUCAAGGUCAAGUCCCACCACGCGACGGCCAUCGGCGCGGUCAACGUCCUCCUCCCUCUCCGCGGGCGCACGAGCGCGAUCCUCGACCACGCCAACUCGCGCAACAAGGCCGGCCCGGCGCGCGAGUUCUUUGGCGACAACACCGACUGGAGCUCCAUCCUGACGUGCCUGCGCCGCGCCAUCAGCCCGCGCAACCACGUGCAGCCCUCCCGCACCGCCGCCCUCGUCGUCGGCGCCGGCGGCAUGGCCCGCGCCGCCAUCUACGCCCUCUACCAGCUCGGCUGCCGCCACGUCUUCGUCUACAACCGCUCCGCCGACCGCGCCCGCGACGUCGCCGCCCACUUCAACGCCUGGGCCGCCAGCCAGGCCGCCCUCGCGUCCGCUGCCCAGCAGCAACAGCAACAGCAGCAGCCGGUGAAUGGGAACCGGUGGCCCCCCCCGGGCGGCGUGAACGACGCCGGCGCCGUCGAGGUGUGCCGCGUGCUGACCUCGCUGGACGUCCCCUGGCCCGCCGGCUUCCAGCUGCCGACCAUUGUCGUCUCGUGCGUGCCGGCGACGAGCGCGGACGGCAGCCCGCCGGCGGAUUUCGUCAUGCCGCUCAACUGGCUCAGGAGUCCGACCGGCGGUGUGGUGGUUGAGCUGGCGUAUGAGCCCCCGGUAACGCCCCUGGUCGCGCAGAUGCGUGCGCUGCGGGACAGCAUGUCGCCGCCGUGGGUGGUGGUGGAUGGGCUGGAGGUGGUGGCGGAGAUGGCGAUUGAGGCGUUUGAGUUGAUGACGGGGCGGAUGGCGCCGAAGCGGCUUAUGAAGGAGGUGUGUCGGAAGACGUGGGAGGGGCAGCAGCAGCGCAGGGCUCUUGAUGGGUAGGGGGUUGCGUAGGAGUAGAGAGACGGCUUGGUGGGCUUGGGAUACCCGAAGGAUUUGUUGUUGUGUGUGUUUGGUGUGAUGUGAGUUAUGUUGGAAUGAAUGAAUGAUGUUGAACUCAUAGUUUGCAGUCCGUCGAAGUGUUAAAAUAAAAGUGACAGCGUGAACGGCGCCUCGAUGGCCGUCUCUUCCGGAUUUGAUACGACUUAAAGUCGGUUACAUAAUAUACAUAUAUCAUCAAACAUG